CCCCCUGUUGGAGAAGCCUUUUGAUCCUUUUUGUAAUUUGCCUUUGUGAUUUGGUCUCGCUUCGCAGCGACCGAGUCCAUCCGGAGCCAUCCCGCAUCGGUCAGCGCGCUCGGAAGGAGUGCGUUUGGCGCUGCUUGCGCCAGGGCCGAAGCCGGCUAAAGAGGUCGCCAUUACGCCUCCAGCAUCGCUGGAAAGUGCGUCAUGUGGUGCAUGCAAGACAUCUGGAUCGAGAAGAGACACCUUCUUGAAGGAGCUGAGAGGCAACCCUGGUGCCAACCUGACUGCGUUGGCACUGUCAUUGAAGAAGCGCGGCGAGUUAACUCGUGCCGCGGACUUCACCGCGCUGAUUGCUGCGUGCCGUCGGCAGAGCAGCUGGAGCACUGCCAUUGGCUUCCUUGGAGAUGUCUUCCAGAGCCGACUAGACUGCGGGGUUCAAACCCACAGUGCCGUGAUCAGCGCCUGCGAGCGCGCCUCACGGUGGUGGAGGGCGCUGAGACACUUCGAGCAGCUCGAGAGGAUUCGUGUCUUCGAGCUGGAUGUGGUCAUCUUUAGUGCAGCCAUAUCAGCCUGUGAGAAGUCUGGACGUUGGCUGCUGGCGCUGAGCUUCCUUCAGUCGAUGUGCCGUCGACGUGUCUCGCCCAACGAGGUGACGUUUGGCGCCGCGGUGGCUGCCUGUGAGAAAGCUGGGGAAUGGACCUUGGCCAUGACUUUGUUGGCUGCAGCAGGGCAUUGGGGCGUUCAAAGAGGCCUGUUGAUCCACAGCUCCGCUCUGAGCGCCUGCGAGAAAUCCGCUGCCUGGCGCGCGGCCACUGCGUUGGCACGCGGAAGUGGCGGUCGAGCGGGCCUGCAGCUGGAUGUGGUAGCAUUCAGUGCAGAGCUGUCUUGCAAUGAGAAAGCCAACCGGUGGCAAUGCUCCUUCAACAUCAUCACCAGGAUGUCAAGUGGUGGAGUAAGCCCUGGAAUCGUCACCCUGAAUGCAGCGAUGAGUGCCUGCGAAUUGACGGGUCAGUGGCAGAGGGCCGUGGAUGUCUUGUCUCGUCCUCCCGGGCUCCGCACUCCCGACAUCAUCUCUUACAGCACGGCCAUGGCCGGCAGCGGCGCGUCCGGCCAGUGGCCGGCGUCGCUGAACCUGUUCGGCCGCGCGCGAGCGCGGAAGGUGCGGCCCAACGUCAUCACUUGGAACUCAGUGAUCUCCGCCUGUGAGGAGUCUGGGCAAUGGGAGUUGGCUUUGCUGGUCUUCGAUCAGCUGCCAGCCGCCACUGUCAUCGGUGUAAAUGCGGGCAUUGCGGCAGCUGGCCGAGGAGCGCGCUGGCAGUUAGCCUCGCAUUUAGUGGACGUUUUGGAGCGUAGCCCGACCUUGCAGCCGAGCAUCGUCAGUUUUAAUGCUGCAGUGAGCGCCUGUGGAAGCAGCCAGCGGUGGCGCCAAGUCUUGGGCCUUACCAGGGAUCUUUCGAGGUGCUCCUUGCAGCCGGAUGCCAUCUCCAUGAAUUUUGUGGCGGCUUCUUUGGAACGGCGGGGCCAUUGGGUCGGUGCCUCCCAACUUUUAUGGGAAGCUCAACGCUGUGGAGAGAGGCUUCUGGGGCCCGAGGUGGCUACAAUGGGUGUGGCUGUGGAUUCCUCCCAGAGGUUUGGCUCCGCGAGCCGCGCGGUGGGCCUGCUGGGCGGGUUGCAGCAGGAGGCGCCCAGGAAUUUGCGCCAGCUCGAGGGGAGAAAAGGUAGAAGGAGGACAUGAAAUGGACCUCAAGAACAACAGCAAAUAUAUUUUGUGAUAAGUUUCAUCAGAGGCUCUAAGCCUAUAGUGAAGGAUAUGCCUUGCCAUUUGUAGUUAUUUCAUAGGCGGAAGUACUCACCUCAAA